AUGUCUUUCAAGCUAGAGAACGAGGUGGCCUGGGAAUCCAGUGUACGCGGAAUCCUCCACAGACAACUCUUUGUCCACCCAAAACCCCUCCCGUCUUCUGUGUCUCUAUCAGGAGAGAUUGGCCUCAUCACCGGCGCUAACGGCGGUCUCGGCCUCGAGGCGGCAAGGCAACUUCUCCAGCUUGGACUAUCAGGUCUUAUCCUGGCAGUCCGAUCGCAAACGAAAGGAGAAGAUGCCUCCCGGAAGCUCAGCCAGGAAUUUCCAAAUGUGGAAAUACAUGUCUGGGUCGUGGACAUGGCGGACUACGACUCGAUCGUUGCAUUCGCAGACCGGUGCCGAAAGUUGGAGCGUCUCGAUUUCGCCAUUCUAAACGCCGCUGUGCAACAAGGCAGCUUUAGCCGCUACGAGAAAACUGGCCAUGAGAUGACAAUCCAGACCAACUACCUCUCAACCAUCUUGCUCGUGCUGCUUCUCACCACAGUCAUGAAAGAGAAGAAGGGACGCGAAGCAGGCAAGCCGCCGAUCAUCAGUAUCGUUGGAUCAGACACAAUGUACCUCAGCAACUUCGAAACGUCGGGGUCCAUCCUCCCUCAGCUCGACGAUCCCGCGCGGUUUUCAGGGUUUCAGCAGUACAGGGACUCGAAAAUGCUGUUGAUGAUGUUCGUUUCUCGACUCGCCGAGAAAGUCAGUCCCGAUGAUGUUCUCAUCAAUGUGUGCAAUCCGGGAUUGACGGCCGGGACGGAACUUCAGAGGGAUAACAAGAACACGGGGUUCGCCACCCGCUUGGUCAUCCCCCCGUUCGUGAAGAUUGUUGGGCGCUCCGUCGAAGCUGGAGCCAGUGUCUAUGUUCACGCACUGGUGGCCGAGGGCCGGGGGAGUCAUGGAAGCUUCAUUAGUGACUGGUCCAUCAAGCCGUAA